AUCGUCACAGAAAACAAAGUUUAAUCUGUUCAAAUUUUAAUGAAUUAGGUGAGUCAUAUUUUGCACGUACUAAUUUUAUCACCCACCACUACCUAAUAUUAUUUUAAUUCCAACUUCCAACUAACAAAUAAUUAUUUUAUUUUAUUUUUAACAACAAAAAUAAAUUCAAUACACGACGAAUCACACUAUUUUUUCCCUAUCCUUUUUGUUAUCUUGUUGUUUGCAUGUUCCCUAUUUCGGUUAUAUCAUAUCCUAUCCCCGCGGCGCAUUAUAGCAGCACCGCCGUGAGAAAACAAAAAUGAAGCAUCCAGUUGCAGAAGCGAACGAGUUGAGUCCGUUCGGCACACUGAGUCAAUCCGAGUUCUACUCUCACCACUCAGUAACUCACAACUCCGAGUUCAUUACAAAUUCACGAGGCUUAAAGCUUUUCACUCAAUGGUGGUCCCCACUUCCUCCGACGAAAAUCAUCGGCGUCGUUUGUGUCGUCCAUGGAUUCACCGGAGAAUCGAGCUGGUUUGUUCAACUCACAGCUGUUCACAUCGCGAAAAACGGAUUUAUCGUUUGUGCGAUUGAUCAUCAAGGUCAUGGAUUCUCCGAUGGAUUAAUUGCUCAUAUUCCUGAUUUAAAUCACGUUGUUGAUGACUGUAUUAGUUUCUUCGAUUCCUUUCGGGAUCUCCAUGUUCCGCCGUCUCUGCCGUCGUUUCUCUAUGCUGAAUCCCUCGGCGGUGCUAUCGCGCUUCUAAUCACUCUCCGGGAAGGCGAUUCUGCUCCCCGCCGGUCGUUUGACGGCGUCGUUUUGAAUGGAGCUAUGUAUGGGAUUAGCAAUAAGUUUAAACCGCCGUGGCCUCUGGAACAUCUACUUGGUAUCGCUGCCGUUUUGAUCCCGACUUGGCCCGUGGUUCCCACUCGCGGGUCGUUGCCUUUGGUUGCAUUCAAGGAGGAGUGGAAGAGGAAAUUGGCAAUAGCAAGUCCAAGGAGACCACUUAUAAAACCACGCCCCGCGACGGCGCGUGAGUUAAUGAGAGUAUGCAGGGAGCUGCAAGGGAGAUUCGAAGAAGUGAAAGUACCAUUUCUGAUCGUCCACGGCAGCGAUGAUGUCAUCUGCGAUCCCGCGUGCGCGGAGGAGCUAUAUCGCAGAUCGACAAGCAAGGACAAGACACUGAAGAUAUAUCCAGGUAUGUGGCACCAGCUGGUCGGAGAACCGGAGGAGAAUGUGGAGCAAGUGUUCGGAGAUGUCGUUGAGUGGCUUAAAAUGAGGGCCGACAUUCCAACCGGCGACAAGGCCACUGUGGACGGUGGCGCGUGAAGAGUGGGAGUUGGUUGGGAUAUUCUAGUUGGGGAGUGAUCAGUAAGUUAAAGAACCAAAAAUAAAUUUGUACCAGGCCAUUUAUGUCAAAACUUUAUUAGCCAUGUGACUAUUUAAACUUGUAUUAAUGCAAUAUUUGUUGAUUUAGUUAUUUUGAUAUUAAUUUUUUACCA